CGAGACAGACACUCGGCUUGAUCUGGAUCCUAAGAGUAUGCUACAGCAGGAACCUGUUCAAGCCAACGACAAGAAGGGCAAGAAGAACAAGAAUAAGAAUAAGGAAAAGAGCCCAGAUGAUUCGCACUCUCCGUUGCCAGCUUCUCCGGGGGUCUAUGCUCCGCCAGCGCAAACAAAUGGCGACCAUCAAGUUGAGGAACCGGAGGGCGUUCAGCUCCCUGUUGAACAGCUGGAGCUGAAGUCAGAGGUCGAACCUGGAAACGCAAUCCUCAAUGACUUCAAACAAGACCUUGGCGUCCGAGCCAGCAGACCCCCCGAGACCCGCACGACAUCCGCCUUUCCCUCCCUGGAGGAGCAGGUGCACCUUCUCAGCUUGAAAGAAGGGGAGCAUCAACGGCCAAGUGGGCGUGCGUCUGACGCGGUGCUCUUCUCGCCCGGGCUGGAGACCGUCGGGUAUGAGACCCCAGCGCAGUAUGCGCUGCUGGGCCAUCUGCCUGGGGCGGAUGGCGCAGCGGCCGGAGCCGACCCGCGGGUGAUGCUGAACACGAACGUGCCGUUUUCAGCGUUCAUCUGCGGUCUGCAGGGCAGCGGCAAGUCGCACACGACCUCAUGCAUCAUUGAGAACUGCUCGUUCGGGCUGGAGGCACUGGGCCGGCUGCAGAAGCCGCUGUCGACGCUGGUGCUGCAGUUCAACGAGUACAGCUCGCACGGCAGCUCGCAGCCGAGCGAGGCGGCCUUCCUGGCCUCGGUGCUGGCCGAGUACAGCGCGGAUGUGCGCUCCAUCCCCGUCACGGUACUGGUCUCGCCGUCCAACUACCACCCGCUGCGCCAGAUGUACUCGCAGAUCCCCAACGUGCAGGUGCGGCCGUUCCGCCUGCAGCCGCGCCACCUCAACAUUAGCACCAUGCUGGCCCUCAUGUCGCUCGGCCGCAAGGACGCCAUGCCCCUGUAUAUGGCGCAGGUGACCAAGCUGCUGCGCCAGAUGGCCAUGGAAAGCACCUCGGGCGCCUUCGACUACCUCGCCUUCCGUCGCCGGCUGACCGGCCUCCACCUCGACCGGUCCCAGACACCCUUCCUCGACCAGCGGCUGGACCUGCUGGACUCGUUUCUCGAUCUCGAGCCUCGCACCGCCGCGUCGCCGCCCGGUGACUACUUUGUCGAUGGCGGGAUCACCAUCCUCGACCUGUCGUGUCCGUUCAUGGACGAGAGCACGGCGUGCAUCUUGUUCCGCAUCGCUAUCGAUCUCUUUCUGCACGCGCAUCCUUCCAGAGGGAAGAUGAUUGUCGCUGACGAAGCUCAUAAGUACAUGACCGACACGCCCGCGGGACACGCCCUGACAGAAACGUUUAUGACGGUGAUGCGGCAGCAACGACAUCUGGGCGUCCGGCUGAUUGUGUCGACGCAGGAGCCGACCAUCUCGCCGCGGCUGAUCGAUCUGUGCUCCAUCACGAUCGUGCACCGCUUCUCCAGUCCGGAAUGGUACCAGACUAUCCAGAAACAUAUUGCGGUCGAGAGCGACGACGAUCCUUCUCCUUCUUCUCCUUCGGAUGGCUUGGCCCGUAUUUCCCGCCUGCGCACGGGUGAAGCCCUUGUGUUUGCCCCUUCGGCGGUCCUGCGCGAGGGAGACACCGAUAUAAAGGAUGUACGCCAGCGGACGUUCAAGAUGAUGGUCCGGAAACGGAUCACAUGGGACGGAGGCCAGACGAUUGUUUGUAUUCGCUAGGCUCGCUAGAAGAUAUAGUAUAGGAUAGUAUAGGCUAUUGUACAUCAAAAGGUAAACUGGCAGUACGCGCUCGCGACCUCCACGGGCUCCGGGGCAGAAUGGUCUCCAGGCCGGAGUUCGACGGCGCGACCGAUACAUUCGGGGUGUCUAGAAUGUUGAUUAGCCGUCAGAGAAGAAGGGCCUGGAUAAAUAAAUUGAAGUACGUACGUGAAGAAGACGCAUUUAUGCGAUAUCGUCAGCGCGGUGAUAGGUCUGCACUGUUAGUCCAUCUCAACGGUAUAGAAUAGCGAUAGGAAGUAGACGGAGCGUACUCUUCCGGCAGAUUGACGCAUUCCUUGAACGGAACAGUCAAGGAGUGACUCUCUUCAGCGGUCG